AAUUGCCCGUGUCACUGUCACAUUUACAACAAUCAAUCAAGCUGUUUUUUUCUUGCUUCUAUUGAUACAAUUUAAAAUUUUACAAACGUUAAAGACUUGUUGCUAUGAUAACAUACUACAGUAAAAUAUAUCUAUAUCAUAAUGUAUCAUUGCGGAAUGCGGCAAAUGGAAGAAAAGCAUGUGGCAAACCAAGUAGAUCUUAUGGUGUGGAGUAAUCGGCUUGAUUUAUUAGCCCUUAGUAACUUUAAAGGUGAAGUUCAGGUUCACAGAUUACACUGGCAAAAAGUAUGGAAUUUACCACCACCAAAAGAAAAUGUAACAGUGGAUGCUAUGGCGUGGAGACCUGAUGGAAAGGCAUUAGCAAUAGGUUAUAGUCAUGGUACAGUUUGCAUUGUGGAUAUUGAAGAUAAAGAAAUCAUUGAUAAAUAUGAUUUUGCUUGUGAGACAUCAGAAGAGUUUUAUACAGCUAACAAUUAUGGUAUCCCAUGUAUUACAUGGUCUGUUAAGGCUGGCACUUUGGAAAGUGCAGUGGAAUAUAAUAUAUAUGAUGACCCUGCAAUAUUUCUCCCAAAGCCACCUUCUCCAAGUAACACAUAUAAAAAUCAAGCUGCAGAAGAUACUAUGAAAAGCUUCAAAGAAAAUCAAGAUCAAACACAAUUAAGCAUGUUAAUGAUUGCAUAUGGGUCAGGAAAUAUAUAUAUGAGUGUAUUUGGAAGAUAUCCCUAUGGAACGGUUCAUCUUUCACAGAUAACAAGGGAUGAGUGUGGGGAAUACAAAAUACUUGAUAUCAAUCUGUCUGAUGAUUUUAGUGUGAUGCAAGUCCUAUAUUUGGAUACAAACAAUAAUAUUCAUCUAUCACUUGUAAAUACAAGUAUUUUAUCUGCUUACUCUGAAGAAUUAUUUGUAGUUGCAACAAGACACAGUCAAAUAGUGAAUAUGGUGACACAUUUAGAUAAAACUAUGGUUUCAAUAACCGAAGCAUGGGAACAUAUUUUGUUAGAAAUGGAUACUAAAAUGGCAUAUUAUGCAUCAUCAGUUCCAGAUGGAGGAGUAUCAGCAGACCUGUUAGAACUACUCAUGUUAGGAGUCCCAUCUGAUGAAUUAGAAGUGUUCUUGCUAAAUGAGCUUACUGCUAAAGGCCUGAAGAAAUUCGGCAAUUCAGUUGAGUUGAGUUAUUCUACAAUACAGAAGCUGGUCUUGAAGCAAUUAAAUAUUGUUGGACAAAGUCUAACAUACUAUCUUGCAGAAUUGAGGGGUUUAACAAGAAUACCAGAUAGAUACAAGGUUUUGGGUUUAGAAGAAAAAAUGGUAACUGAAGCAAUAAAAGCUAGCUGUGCCUUUUUAAACAAAUGUCUUGAAUUGCAGCAAGUGAUUGAUGUGUCUAUGAGAAACUAUAAAGCAUUCUUUAGAUGGCUGUUUGUUGUGAUUGUUCGUUUAUUGGAUGAACAAACAUCAAGUGAAAUUGUCAAGAUUACACAACAAGAGCUAACUCAUAUUGCAGAAUUUUUAUACAAUUUUGAUAAUGUUCAAGUUGAAAAUAAUGAAACAGCAGAAAAACCAGUAAAAUUUAAUUUAGAACGGCUGGGCCAGUAUCUGCAGGAUCAAGAAUUAUCAAUAUUACCUGAUGAUGAAGAUAAUCCUUGGCACAAGUACCUAAGAGAGAACUCCUGUCUGUUAAAGGAUAAUGACACCAUAUUUUCUGUUAUGGACUUUAGAAAGUUUUCACUGGUCCAGCAGCAAAAUUAUUUAAAAGUAGCUGUGGGAAAAAUUUUUGAUGUUAGAACAAAAGAUGUAGGCAAAUACUUCACUGUUUUGUACAACUUAAAAUGUCAUCACAAUCAAAAUAAAAUUACUAGGAACAAUUUUAGAAUCUCACAAAUAUUUGAUGCCAAUGAAGACAGAUUUAUGAUGGCUUUCACCGAUAUUGAAAACAUAAAAGAAGAAAUAUAUUUUAUUUCUGUCAAUGUAAAAGAAAGGAUGUGCAAUGCAACUUGCUGUAAAUAUUCUUUCUCUUCGUGUUUGUUACGAGAUGAUGAGCAUGAUACACCAGAAAGAGAUUUGUCUAUAUUAGACCUACAAUUUUAUUCAUCAGAAUAUUUAUCUGUGCUAGUCAAACAUCCUAAUGUUGAUGAUAGCACAAUAUUCAUUCAAGUUCCGCUUAAAAUUGUUUUGCAAAAUUCGAUUGAAUUCAAUAUGAAAUCAAAAUCAUUAUUUGUAUUUAAUGAAAAAGUUCCCAAGAAAAAUAUAUCACCUUUAUUAGAUGCAAGUGUUUACAAGGUUUUAGAAAAAAUGGAUGGGUUCAGAAUUGCAGUAUCAGGUAGCCGAAAAGUAGCUGUUGUCUUAUCAAAUAGCCAUAGAAAAGUCAGAGUUUUCGAAAUGGAAAUAAAUGGAGAAGAUGAGGAAGACGAAACUCUAGACACAACUCCACUUUCACAAACAAGCCAAACAUGAUAAAGCUGUAAUAUCUUUUUAGAAUGUGCAUACUUUGUAAGUACAUAAAUAAUAAUGAACUUUCUCACUUUAUGUCAUAUUCAGAAAAUAAAAUAUUAACAAAUGUGCA